CUCCUGGACUACCUAGGUACCUAGUUGGCAUAUUGCAAUGGGGGCGGCGCAACAGCCUACCUACUGGCUACAGGGCCAAGGCCUACAGCAGGCUGCAGCACUAGCUUGCAGGCUGCAUUUCCUCUAAUACAAGUUACAGGCGUUCAAACCUCGUCGGGCAGAUGAAGUUGAGCUCAUGGCAGUUCAUUUUAGUUGUUGGCGUUGGAGCAUAACAUCUUGUUUGUGGGGAACACUGAGCUCCAGAAGAGUACCUGCUUGGAGGUAGCAUGGAGGACGCCAGAGCAAGUGCAGCGGACAACACAUACCCAAUUUCGACAACCUGUAUCACUUGUCUUCUGGGCACGGCUGUCUUCACAUUCAUUGCACGCCGAAACAUCUUCAAAGUGACUGGAGGACCCAAGGGAAAACGGAAAAGGCGAGCAAUGUCACCAGCCUUUGCUGUGCAGCCCCCAAUAGACACAAAAGGCUGUCUCAUUGAGCAAUUAGUGCCAGAGGUGUUGUCGUAUCUGCUGUCAUAUCUUGACCACCAAAGCCUGUGCUCGGUCAGCAUGACAUCAGCAACGAUGCGGGUGCUGGCGAACGACGACAGGGUGUGGAAGCAUUUGUUCCAUGUGGACUUCACGACUGAGCAAGACAGGCUGCAGCCGCCAAGUGGCUGGAAAGUGCACUACUCCGCGACGAAAGCUGUGACCGAGGCGAACCAGAGGUUCUACAGUGUGUUUUCGAGCAAGUCGCUGUUCGCGAUGGCGGGCCUGUGGCUAAACGCGGACUACGUCAAGUGCAUACAUCCAGGGGGAGUGCUGCUAACAGGGUACGACGCCGUCAUCGCCAGCUGGCGCGUGGUGUUUGGCUGGGGCCAACGGUACGAUUUCGACCUGCGGGACGUGCGGUGUCGGGUCGACGGUCGAAUGGCUUGGGUCACGCUCAAGGAGUUCGUGAACCAGGCGGAGGAACCCCUGAUCGCAACCAACUGUUUUGAAAAACAUGGCGGCGUUUGGCAUAUCGUGCACCAUCACAGCUCGCCGCAAUUUGCGGCCACGGGGCCCGAGUGGGGUCAUUACCGGUGACGGCUGUGGUUCUGUAAUCGCCCUUUGUCGCCCUUUACGACACAGCACGAAGUGCGAAGGUGCCACUACCGUCCAGCACAUGGUGGCGACAAGAGAGGAUUGCUCGAAUAGCAGACUCGAGUCAAAGGUGGAUCGCCUUCGGUGACGGGAUUCUUGUGCACCAAAUGGAACCACCAUGAACGUGCCGGAGGUCGUGCGCAACUCGGUGAAGGAUUUAAAAGACGAGCACAGAGAUUGGGCGCGCCUUGAGAGCGGACUAACAUCCCCAGCAUGUUCUUGAUCGCUGCGAUACUUGAGGUUGUCAUGAGCGCUCGAAGGUACUGUCCGUAAAAGUGGGCAGGAGCAGCUUGUGCAAUUUUGCGUCUCACUUUAAACAACGUCAAUGUAAUGGCGGAUGCAGUCUUAGAAAAUUUUGACAAUUGAAGCAGACUUCCAGAGGGCUUAGGCGAAGCCUUGACCAGACCUUACUGACUAGCUGAGCGAGCCGCAACUUGCCGCACUGGGCACUCGUCACUUAAGGAAAGCCGAAGACUAUGUUAAGGUAGCUGUUGUGUCUCGAGAAGAACUAGCUGAGUCCCACGGUCAUGUUGAUGGCUCAAAUCGGGGAUUAGCUUUUUGUACUCAACUCUAUAUCUGGUCGGUCCGCAUUUGGUCGUCUACUAUAAGCAUG